UCAGAGUGUGCAGUUCGUUAACCGAGUCUGAGGCUGAGCUAGCUUCGCUGUUUUGCUACAGAUCUCAGGCGGAGGCCGCGGAUCUGAAUGCGAUAUGUUUGGUUUUCUGUGAUUUUACUGAGCUGGACUACAUAAGCUCGCUCUCAGAGAGGAGAACACAGGCCUGUUUCUGCCCGGUUCAGUUCAGUGGCCCUUUAUUUAUCUGAACAUGAGCUCCCGACGACCGGACAGCUUUGACGGCUUGGGUUAUAGGGGGAGGGAGGACCCGCCGUACGUGGGGGGAUACUCGGGAAGGUCAUUUAAUAACUCCUCAAGCAUUGAUCUCCAGCACUGGGUCACCACUCCUCCAGAUAUACCUGGCAGCAGAAAUCUGCAUUUCGGCGAUAGCACGCCGCAGUUUGACACGGCCCCAGCCCCGCCUGCAGCCGGGGACGACGGCCAGCCCGCGGCUCCACCGCCCGAUCAGUUAAACAGAUUUGCUGGCUUUGGGAUAGGCCUUGCAAGCCUUUUUACAGAAAAUGUUCUAGCCCACCCGUGUAUUGUGUUUAGGAGACAAUGCCAGGUGAAUUAUCAUGCCAGAUGCUACCACUUGUCACCUAUGACAGCUCUCAGCGUGAUGUACAAUGUCACCAAAACCCAGGGUCCGAAGGCCCUUUGGAAAGGAAUGGGAAGCACUUUUGUGGUCCAGGGAGUGACUCUUGGAACAGAGGGCAUCAUUAGUGAAUGCACACCAUUGCCAAGGGAAUUGUCGCAUAAAUGGAAUCCAAAGCAAAUUGCGGGGCAUCUUUUACUAAAAGGUUUAACGUAUGUGGUUGCAAUGCCGUUUUACUCAGCGAGCCUCAUUGAAACUGUCCAGAGCGAGAUCAUUCGGGACAACCCUGGCAUCCUGGACUGUGUGAAGGAGGGCGUGGGGCGCGUGAUGGGCUUGGGCAUUCCCCACAGCAAGCGCCUCCUGCCUCUGUGGGGGCUGGUGUUCCCUACCGUUCUCCACGGCGUGCUGCACUACAUCGUGAGCUCCAGCGUGCAGAAGCUGGUGCUGUAUCUGCUGCAGCGCCGCAGCAGGAGCGAGUCCUCUCCCAAGCGCUUGGGUCCCGACUCCGGUUCAGAGACUGUCCAGAACAUGCUGGACGCCUACUUCCCUGAGCUGAUUGCUAGCUUCGCCGCUAGCCUGUGCGCCGACGUGCUGCUGUUUCCUCUUGAGACGGUGUUGCACAGGUUGCACGUGCAAGGAACUCGCACCAUCAUCGAUAACACUGACCUGGGCUUUGAGGUGCUGCCAAUUAACACUCAGUAUGAAGGAAUGAGGGACUGCAUAAACGCCAUACGGCGAGAGGAGGGCACGAUGGGCUUCUACAAAGGCUUCGGCACCAUCGUGAUCCAGUACUCGCUACACGCCGCAGUGCUGCAGAUCACAAAGAUGAUCUACUCUACUUUGUUGCAGAAUGCCUAAAGAUGGAGGCCUGAUGUUUGAUUGACAGGUCCUUUCUUCUUAUGUCUUUUUGUUGUGCUUGGGCCAGCCUCAUUCCAGGGAAAUUGACUACACACACUGUCCUUUAUCACUGUUUCUCAAAGCACUUAAGGUCUUGACUUGCAUGCUACGUUAAAACAUAAUCAGCAGUCAUGAAAGCCUAAAAAUUACCUGUACAAUGAGUGCACAUUUGGAAUACCCUGGUGGUUACACUUUAAUUGCCUGCUAGCCCCAUAAUACCAGUGUUUUAUAUUGUUGCUGUCAGACAAAAAAACUUAAUCAAAGGUUUUUCCCCUUGUUUUUCACUUUUGUACAGCUGUCCUGUAUAUUGUGUCCAACUUUCAUGAGCAACGGGCGUCCACUAGUCAUUCCACUGUCUGUACAAUAAUUUGUAAAAUAACUAGGGAUGCACCAAAAUGAAAAUUUUAAAACCAAAAGCGAACAAAAUGCAGAAUUUGGUGAAAAUCUGAUUAUUUCAUUAAUAUGGCCAUUUUUUACAUUAUCAUUUAACACAUUAUUUUAUUUAUUCAACCAAACACUGAAAUACUUUGUUUUGCCAUUUGUGGCUCAAUAAUUGUAGUUGCCAUAUACGGUUAUGAAAAAAAAUAAGAGACCACUGAAUUAGAUUCUCAGAUUUUGCGUUCUAUAGGUAUAUGUUUAAUGAGUAAAAUGAACCUUGCUGUUUAUUCUAUCAACUACAGACAACAUUUCUCCCAAAUUCCAAAUAAAAAUAUUGUCAUUUAGAGCAUUUAUUUGCAAAAAAUGAGAAAUGGCUGAAAUAACAAAAAAGAAGCAGAGCUGUCAGACCAUAAAUAAUGCAAAGACAAAAAAUUCAUAUUCAUAACGUUUUAAGGAAUAACCCUGUUUUUAAUAACAGUUUUCAUGCAUCUUGGCAUGUUCUCCUCCACCAAAAAUUCAAGCAGUUCAGUUUGGUUUGAUGGUUUGUGAUCAUCCAUCUUCCUAUUGAUUAUAUUCCAGAUGUUUUCAAUUUGGUAAAGUAAAAGAAACUCAUCAUUUUUAAGUGGUCUCUUAAUUUUUUCCAGAGCUGUAUUUAUUACAUCCUUAGAAACAACUGCCAAAAACAUCUACCGACAACUGUCACUUUUACCAUAGACAAUACGUCUCAUAAUAUUCUGACUGAAAAAUGCAAAAGUUGCAGAAGAUUCUUAAAACCCACUAUUUAAAAACUCUUCUAUACUUUUUACAGUGGUGUAUGUUCUCGGUUUGCUUCACGUGUAUGAGGGUUGUCAUGUUGUCCAUUUAUACACAUUAGAUGUAAAGCUGUUCUUUACAUUGUGUCCAAAUUCAUGGUCAGUGGACGAGUGGAAAAGCUCCAAACUUGUUUUAGUAGUAUUUUUUCCUUCUCUCGAAAAGUUGCCAUACAAGUUGGACAUAAGUUUUUUUUGUGUGUGUGUGUGUGUGUGUGACAGCGACAAUUUGCUGUAUCACAUGCCGUCUGUUCUUUUUGCUGAUUCAUGCUCGGCCCUUACUUUACACUGGAGUCCCAAACUGUAGGAUUAUCACAUCACUUGCAUAGAUGACCACACACAGGUUGAAGAAGAGUCUAGAAGAACAAGAGAUGUUUAUAAAUAAAGAAUAUAAAAUUGUAAAAUGUAUUAAGUUAUUUGAACCUUGGUGAAUACCUGUAUAUUUGUGGUAAUAUUUUGUGUACGUUUGUGAAAUUGUUGCCAUAGCUUUCACUGCGAAAAAAAAAAAACAUAUUUAAAAAUAAACAAUUAAUAAAUAAAUGAAUUAGUCCACAUACUAGUGCACAGUUGUUGGUUUGUCAGCAGUACCUUUUUUGGAAGCACAUAUUUUAGGUACUCUUUAAUAAACCAUUCUAAUAUUGAGUACUGAUAUUAAAAUAAAUGUGUUUAAUCAUUG